UUCUUCUGUGAAACUCUGUUUCUGUUUCUCUGUUUCUUUCUCUUCUCUCUUCUAAAACUCUGUGUCUGUGUCUCUAUGAAACCCUAAAAAGCUCUCUCUAAAUGAAACCCUAGAAAUCUAUCUCUACUACUCUGCAGCUAAAAGAAAAAAGAAAGAUGAAGAAGUAUUGUUUUUUCUUCAUUACAGGCUUGUUGUUUUUGUAUAGUAUAGGAAAAGUUGAUUCAUCUUCAUCAUCUAUUAAUGGAGUUGGCUUUUCUAAAGAUGUUGAGAAAUUACUUGCUUUUAAAAGUAAGUUAAUAAAUCCGAGUGUAUUGCAAAACUGGGUACAGAACCAAGAUCCUUGUUACUUCACUGGUGUUUCUUGUAAUAAUAAUAAAGACUCUGUUUCUGGGUUAGAUCUUAGUUUUGUUAAUUUGAAUUUGGAUUUCAAGUUUGUUUCUUCAUUUCUAAUGAGUUUAGAAUCUCUAGAGAAAUUGUCUCUUAGAUUUUCUAACCUCACUGGAAAUCUCUCUUCUUCUUCUUCAUCAUCAUCAAGUUCCUGCAGUGAGAAGCUUCAAGAGUUGGAUCUAUCUGGAAAUAGAUUAACUGGUUCUGUCUCAGAUAUUUCAUCUCUGAGUUCUUGUUCAAAUUUGGUUUCUCUUAAUUUAUCAAGAAAUUCAUUGGGUGGAGGAGGAAAUAAGGGCUAUUCUGGGUUGAAAUUACCACCAAGUUUACAAAAACUUGAUCUUUCUUCAAAUAAUUUCACUGGAAAAAUCCCAUCUUUGAGUCAUCAGGCUAUUUUAAACCACCUUGAUCUUUCUGCAAACAAAUUUUCUGGAGAUAUUGGCAGAUACUUCACUGGGUUUAAAUCGUUAAGCUACCUGAAUCUUUCUUAUAACGAGUUUUCAGGAGAAAUUCCUCUGGAGAUUACUGAUUCUUGUACUACUUUGAUGGAGAUUGAUCUUUCUUUUAAUCAAUUAGUUGGUUCUUUACCUGCUGGUUUAGCUUCUUGUACUUCAUUAGAACAGAUUAAUCUCUCCAACAACAGCUUCUCCGGUGAGUUCCCUUCAAAUACUCUGAUUCAGAUGGCUAAAUUGAAGAAACUGGUCUUAUCUUACAAUUAUUUUGAUGGUGAAGUUCAUGAUUCUAUAUCAAAGCUUACAAAUUUGGAGAUGCUUGAUUUAAGUGCAAAUAAUCUUUCUGGGUUGAUUCCACCGGGACUAUGUGAUGAUUAUAAAGAAAGUAAUUUGAAAGAAUUGUAUCUUCAGAACAAUAUGUUUACAGGGACUGUGCCGUCGAGCUUGAGCAAGUGUUCUAAACUGAUUACACUUGAUCUUAGUUCAAAUUAUCUUACUGGAACUAUACCUUCAAGUUUCGGUUCAUUAUCUCAGCUUCGGGAUUUGAUAAUGUGGUUGAAUCAGUUAACCGGUGAGAUUCCGACUGAACUUGAGAACAUCAAAACACUCGAGAAUUUGAUUCUUGAUAAUAAUGGGCUUACAGGAGGUAUUCCAUCUGGUUUAAGUAAUUGUACUAAUUUGAAUUGGAUUUCGUUAUCGAGUAAUUUGUUAAGCGGAGAGAUUCCGCCGUGGAUUGGUACGCUUAAUAAGCUAGCAAUUCUCAAGCUAGGGAACAAUUCAUUUUCGGGUGUAAUUCCGGCGGAGCUCGGAGAUUGUCGGAGUUUGAUUUGGUUGGAUCUUAAUAGUAAUUCGUUGAGUGGUAGCAUUCCUGCUACUCUGUCGAAGCAAGCUGGGAACAUUGCUGGUGGUUUGGUUGCAGGGAAACGAUAUGUUUAUUUGAAGAAUGAUGGUAGUCCUGGUUGUCAUGGAGCUGGUAGUCUUCUUGAAUUCGCUGGGAUUCGACCGGAGGGCUUGGACAGAGUUCCGACGAGACGUCAGUGCAAUUUCACUAGAGUUUAUAUGGGUAAUACUCAGUACACAUUUAACAACAAUGGCUCGAUGAUUUUUCUUGAUCUCUCUUACAAUAAAUUGGAGAAUAGCAUUCCUAAAGAGCUUGGAGAUAUGUAUUAUCUGUCUGUUCUGAAUUUGGGGCAUAAUAAUCUCACCGGUGCAAUUCCAAAUCAUUUCGGGAACUUGAAAAAUGUUGGCAUUCUUGAUCUUUCUUUCAAUCAGUUGGAAGGUCCGAUUCCGGGUGCGUUGUCCGGUCUUAGUCUGUUGGCUGAGAUUGAUCUUUCAAACAACAGGCUUUCUGGGUUGAUUCCUGAAGGAGGUCAGCUAGCAACAUUUCCUCCUUACCGGUACCAAAAUAACGAUGGUCUCUGCGGUUAUCCUCUUCCUCCUUGUGGAGAUUCAGCUUCGAAUUCGUCAGCUUCUUUGCAUCCGAAAUCUCACCGAAGACAAGCUUCUUUAGCUGGGAGUGUUGCUAUGGGCUUAUUGUUUUCACUGUUCUGCAUCUUCGGAGUGAUUAUUGUUAUAGUGGAGAGAAAUAAGCGGCAGAAGAAGAAAGAAGCGGCCUUGGAUAUUUACAUCGACAGCCGAUCACAUUCUGGUACCGCGCAUACCAAUUGGAAACUGACGAGUGCUCGUGAAGCUCUGAGUAUCAACCUGUCUACCUUCGACAGACCUCUCCGGAAGCUUACGUUUGCUGAUCUUCUUGAUGCUACAAACGGCUUCCACAAUGACAGUUUAAUUGGCUCAGGUGGUUUUGGGGAUGUUUAUAAAGCUCAGCUCAAGGAUGGCAGCAUUGUCGCCGUGAAGAAACUAAUUCAGAUUAGUGGGCAAGGCGACAGGGAAUUCACAGCUGAGAUGGAAACAAUUGGUAAAGUUAAGCAUCGAAAUCUUGUUCCUUUAUUGGGUUACUGUAAGGUUGGAGAAGAACGGCUAUUAGUCUACGAGUACAUGAGAUUUGGCAGUUUAGAAGACGUUUUACAUGAUCGAAAGAAAGGCGGUAUCAAGCUUAAAUGGCCUGCAAGAAGAAGAAUUGCAGUUGGAGCAGCAAAAGGUCUAGCUUUCCUGCACCAUAUGUGCGUUCCUCAUAUUAUCCACAGAGACAUGAAAUCGAGCAAUGUUCUUCUAGACGAAAAUUUAGAAGCUAGAGUUUCAGAUUUCGGAAUGGCGAGGCUAAUGAGUGCAAUGGAUACCCAUCUCAGUGUAAGCACUCUUGCCGGUACACCAGGUUACGUUCCGCCAGAAUACUACCAGAGUUUCAGAUGUUCGGCAAAAGGGGAUGUUUACAGUUACGGUGUAGUCCUCCUCGAAUUACUUACCGGUAAACAACCAACAGAUUCAGCAGAUUUUGGCGACAACAAUCUAGUCGGAUGGGUGAAGCAACACGCGAAACUCAAAAUAACCGAUGUUUUUGAUCCGGAACUCAUGAAAGAAGACCCGACAUUAGAGAUUGAGCUAUUACAACAUCUUAAAGUUGCCUGCGCUUGUUUAGAUGAUCGACCGUGGCGGCGGCCUACAAUGAUUCAAGUCAUGGCAAUGUUUAAAGAAAUCCAAGCGGGUUCAAGCAUCGAUUCUUCGGUCAGUACGAUUGAUCAAGACGGAAGUUUUCAUACCAUUGAAAUGGUUGAAAUGACUAUAAAAGAAGGUCAAGAACUAAACACCAAGCACUGAAGCAAGCGGUUCUUCCACAAUUUUCAGAAAACCCCCCAUGAUUUUGUUGUCUUCUUGUAUGUAAUAUAUCUCAUCUUUGUUUUAAAAUCUCUGUCAUUUUAUACAUACGUAGAAGGAAGGAUGUUUCUUCUUCUUUUUUUGUUUGGUGUACAUAUAAGAAGAUAAUAUAAGAUGGUUAUUAUUUAAAAAA